CCUCUCGCCUUCUCAGCUGCGACCUGCUGUUCCCUCUUAAAAUUGCAUUUGGCGUCGAAUAUAUUCUAAUUGAACCGCCAAAGCUCCCCCUUCGAUCUGACACCUCCUUCCCAACCCCAUAGGAUCCGAUAAUUCGACGAUUGUUUUGCGCAGGCAGAAUGUCCAAACCAAUCCUCCUCCACCUCGGCGACGACAUCAAAUGGAAUCACGAGCUGUACCAGCAGCUGCAGGCGAAAUUUACCAUUAAGCGCAGCUAUAGCAUGAGUCGGGCCGAUUUCAGCAACGCGCUCAAGGCGAACCAGUUUGGGGAUUUCGUGGCUAUGUAUCGGCCGUUUUGGAACACGGGGGGAGAGAUGGGCAAUUGGGAUGACGAGCUGAUUUCGUUGCUGCCGAAGAGCUGUAAGAUUUAUGCGAGCGCGGGAGCUGGGUUCGAUUGGGUUGAUACGAAGAGGUUGGCCGAAUCUGGCAUAAUCUACUGCAACGCCGCCGCCGCAUGCACCGAAUCCGUCGCCGACGCCGGCAUCUGGCUGAUCCUCUCCACCUUCCGCCUCUUCUCGUGGUCCGCCUCGGCCGCCCACUCGGCCUCGAUCCCGGCCUUCCAAGACGCCAACCGCAACAUCGCCGCCGUGACCCACAACCCCAACCACUUCACGCUCGGCAUCAUCGGGCUGGGCAAGAUCGGCCACCGCAUCGCGCAGAAAGCGCACGCCGCCUUCGACAUGCACAUCCUGUACCACGACAUCCGCCGCAUGCCCGCGGCCGUCGAGGCCCCGCUCGGCGCGACGUACUACGCGAGCCUGGACGCCAUGCUGCCCGCGGCCGACUGCGUGCUCGUGGCGACGCCGUUCGCGGGCGACAAGCUGCUGGACGCGGCGCACUUCGCCAAGAUGAAGAGGGGCGCGCGGCUGGUGAAUAUCGCGCGCGGCAGGCUGAUUGACGAGCCGGCGCUGGUGGCGGCGCUGGCGAGCGGGCAGCUGGGCGCCGCGGGGCUGGACGUGCACUACGACGAGCCGAAGGUGGAUGCGCGGCUGGCGGGGAUGCGGAAUGUGCAGUUGCUGGCGCACACGGCGGGCGCGUCGGUGGAGAGCCACGUGGGGUUUGAGCGGCUGGGGAUGGAGAAUGUGCUGGGGUUCUUUGAGACGGGGAAGGCGGUGACGCCGGUGAAUUUGCAGUGGAUUAAGGAGACGGCGAGGCUGUGAGGUGCGCGAGAGGGGGGUUGUAAAAAGGGGAAUGAAAUGGAGUCUGGAUCUUGCGCUGAGGAAUCUGACAUUGUGUUUUGAGAUUGAAAACAUGCUGAUGGCCGGUCUUACAGUUAUGAGAAGGCUGGAGACAUCUCAAUACCCAUGCGCUGAUAUACAGUGCAAUACCCUGCCUCUUCGCUCCAUGCCCGGAAUCACACCUAGAACUCCUCCCCCUUGCUCGAAUCAAUCACCAGUACACGAGACGCGUCAGACGCCGUCACCAUCCCAUCAAACAAACCCAUCAACCCCCUCCUUCUCC